UGUGUGUGAGGGGGAGAGAGAGAGAGAGAGAGAGAGAGAGAGAGAGAGAGAGAGAGAGAACAAGGUUGCUGGCACGUAGUUGGUGUUGCGACGCAACGAGGAGGCGGAGGAGAGGAAGAGAGUAUAGAGACGGAACGGCCGAUACGUACGCGGUACGGAGCGAAGCGAGAACGAGCGGAUCGGGGACCGACUGCCGGCCAUGGAGAAGCGGAUAGAGCUCGAGAAGCGGGGAAGGAAGCCCGGCGACAUCAAAGAACUUGUUCUUGAUAAUUGCCGGAGUACGCAAAUUGUGGGUUUGACAAAUGAAUUCAGCGCUCUGGAGUCAUUGAGUCUUAUCAAUGUGGGUCUUACCAGUCUAAAAGGCUUCCCAAAGUUGUCCAGCCUUAAAAAGUUGGAGUUAAGCGACAAUCGGAUUUCGGGAGGUUUAAACCUGCUCGAUUCGAGCCCCAAGUUGACUCACUUAAAUUUGAGUGGAAACAAGAUCAAAGACCUUGAUACACUACAACCAUUGAAAGAGUUCAAGAAUCUGAAGAGUCUGGAUUUGUUCAAUAAUGAAGUGACAAAUAUGGAUAAUUAUAGGGAGAAAGUCUUCAAUCUUAUUCCCAGUCUACGAUAUCUUGACGGAUAUGACGCCGAUGAUUGCGAAGUCGACAGUGACGGGGAGGAUGAUGAAGUCAAUGGAAACGAAGAUGGAGAAGGAGGUGGCAACGAAGAAGACAGUGAAGAAGUUUCAGAUGAAGAAGAUGAGGAUUUCCUAGAUGAUGAUCCAGGAUUAGAUAUUGUCUAUAAGGAAAAGCUUGGGGAUAGUGAUGAAGAGGAUUAUAUGGGUGAAGAAGAGGAAGAAGAUGACGAUGAGGACAAUGAAGAUGAUGAGCAAGAAGAAGAGGAAGAAGAGUCUCCUGUUCGAGGAAAGAAAAGAAAAAUUGAUGAUGUGGGAGAGAACGCUUAAGAUGGAGGGCUGUCUCUGAUAUUGUUGAAUGAGUGUAAAAUUCAUAUAAAUAAUAACAAUAAUUGCGACGCCGAGUGAACAGCUGGGAAUCAAACUAAUCGACCGACCAAUGACAGACUACAGUUAGUGAUAUGAAUUUAUCAGUAAAUCAUUGACUGCGAGGAAAUUGUCUGUGUAACAACAAAAGAUUUAUCGUACGGUAGAGGAUACGGAAUGUGAAUGGAUGUGGAAGGCGUGAGAAAAAUUAGGAAGGAUAAUGAUGGCAUAAAAAUAGGGCUGCAUUCCAGCUGGACACAGCACAGUUUUAGUUAUACUAACGAUAUUUUAUAUAGAGUAUAUAGAGUUAGAGAGUAUUAGUGGUGUUGCAUAAAGUGAAAAGAAGAUCGUGGAGAGAAAGCUUGAGAGAAAGAGAAAAAGGGCGAGAGUGAGAGAGAGAGAGAGAGAGAGAGAGAGAGAGAGAGAGAGCGUGCGAAAGAGGCGAAAAUAGAUUGCGGGAGGUAGUGGAGUUUUACACUCGAAGGAGCAUCUUGUCUGUUAGCUCCAGUCGGCCAAAGGCUGGUCACGCUGGAAUGCGGUCAUCGUUAAUCAGUAAUAAGGUUACAUAAGUUACAUUUUAAAUACAUUAUUAUUGUACCGUGAGUAAGUAUAGAGUAAAUGAGGAACAACUUUUGUACAGGUUUACACCAUACAUCGAGGUGCAUUAUAUGCCUCUGUGAUUUUUGGGACAGAAAAUAAAGAGAGAAAUAUAUGUUACUCAUAUACGUGAGCGUAUAUAUCUGACGAGGAUGGGAUGGGGAUUGGGGAAAAAAUACGCGUUAAAGCAAAAAACAAAAAAAAAACAAUGCAGAACAAUCGCUGUGAAUGAUAGCGAAUUAUGCACGUUCUCCGCGAGAACGUUCUACACUACGGAGAUCUCCGAUAUUAAUGAGAAACGGAUAGCGAAUAGAAAAUAUCGUAAUAUUUAUAUUAUUGUUUUCAAUCGCGUGAUUCCGAUAACAGAAGAGCGAGAAUUAGAUCGUUUAUAUCCAGAUGUGUGGGACACAAAAAUCUCCGAUACACCUCGACCAACGUGUCGAGCGUUGCACGUAAACGCGGACCCGGUGUUAUCUUAACUUAGACUUUUUUCUAAUAAGUUUUAAGUUC